UUGAUUGAUCAGUGUUAAGUAUGGAGGAUACUGAUAAAGAAUUGCGAAACACGGUUCUAAACAGUGCCAUGAAAAACGAUCCUUGGGAACCUCUAGAAAAUAAAAUGCCUGAUAUCCCAAAGAUAUGUCCUGCUCCACAAGAUCCUUUAAAGAAUUUGAUAAGUUCAGAGACUUACGUAAAGUCAUUAGAAAAAAGACUGAACAAAUUAAAGGGUAAAAAUGAUAAAGGAAACCUAAAGACAUGAUACAAAGUUUACAUGAAGCAAGAGAUUUGCUUUCGUCACAUACCAUGUCAGAAAA